AUGGACCAACUAACAGCAGCACUGAAGACAAUAAACAACGCCACAAUAAGCGGAAGAUCCGAGGUACUUGUUAGAUCGCCAAACAAGAUUGUGAAGAGUUUUUUAGAGUUUAUGCAGAGCAAGGGAUACAUUGGUACCAUUGAGUAUGUAGACAACCACAGAAAAGGGAAGGCCAUUAUUGCGCUCAACGGAAGGCUGAACAAGUGUGGGGCAAUUUGCCCACGGUUUGACGUCCCAUUCCGCGACUUAGAGAGAUGGAGAAAGCUACUCCCUGCAAGACAGUUUGGGCACGUCGUUAUGACUACCUCAAAGGGGAUACUGGACCACAAAGAAUGUGUUGAACAGCACACAGGAGGAAAGAUACUUGGGUUCUUCUACUAA